AUGUGUCGGCAAAGUAAACACACAGAUAUGAGGUCGUCUGUGUUUUUCUACCUCACCUACACCCUUUGUCUGUGCUUGUCCCUGCUCUGUGUGCUGUUUGUGAUCUGCUGGAGCUCACUCUGGAGAGGGGGCUUCUCCUGGGACGGUUCUGCCCUGCAGUCCAACUGGCACCCCGUGCUCAUGGUGUCCGGGCUGGUCGUUCUCUAUGGAAAUGCGGCUGUCGUGUAUCGCGUGCCGUUCACCUGGAGGCAGAGGAAGUACACCUGGAAGCUGGUGCACGCCGGACUGAUGCUUUUGUCUCUGCUUCUGUCCGUCCUGGGCCUGUGCGCCGUGUUCGACUUCCACAGAGGCUUCCACAUCAACGACCUGUACUCUCUGCACAGCUGGGUGGGCAUCUGCACUGUAGCGCUGUUUGCAUUUCAGUGGAUCCUCGGCUUGGCUGGUUUCUUGUUCCCUUGUUCUUCGCUGUGGUUCCGACGCAACCUGAAACCUGUCCAUGUCUGGAUGGGGAAAGCAAUCUUGAUCCUCAGUCUGACCUCAUGUAUCAGUGGCAUCAAUGAGAAACUGCUGCUCGCGCUUAAUGGCAGCAGCGGUGAGCCGUACAGCUCGCUGCCUGUGGAAGCAAAGUUUGCGAAUUCCCUCGGCCUCCUCAUUGUGGCCUUUGGGUUGGUCGUCUUAGGAAUCUUAUCCAUAAACAAAUGGCAGAAGCCAGAAACAGAAGGUGAAGGAGUUCAUCUUCUGCUCAGUGAAGACAGCACAUGAAAAAUAAUGGCUGCACUGAAUGUGCCAUUAAGAGCUGCAGGUUUUCAUUCCAACCAAAUUAAAAUUGUAUUUAAUUUCACUGAUUAACAUUGACAGAGAAUAAGGAAACAGUGUUGUUCAGUGUUUUUGUUGAAUGUAUGAUAAAUAAUCUUUUUCUGUAAUUUGAAUUGAAUGACUGUAUUUAACAGUAAGUUUUGCAGGAUAGUAGAUGUAUUUUUAAUACUUGUUCUUUAAAGUUGCUUAUAAAGACCUAUUGUGUGUUAAAGCACCAUUUGAUGGACCCAUGUUCUUUUUCUUAUACAGAGUGAAGUUCUUAUUAUUUAAUAAAUAGUACAAGUUUA